UCUUCUGGUCAUCAGCAAACGCGCCGCAGAGCAAAAAGGCGAGAGGAGGUGGUUCGAUCGAGACCGAGCGAGAAAACGUGAUCGCCCGAGAACUGCCUACCACGCCGCUAGGGGAGAGAGAUCUCGUUGCCAAGAGAAAGCAAAAAGUCCAGGAAAACAUGUUCUUUGGAGCCGCUGCGCGGUUUGCGGCGAUCAUCGCCCAGCUCCAGACGAACGGCAAGAACAUGAUGAUGCUGCAACAGCAGCAGCUGCAGCAGCAGCAGCAGUCCCAGCCCAUUUCGGCGCUGCGUGGGUGGGGCAUGAUGGGUAGCAGCCCCGGUCAUCGUAUCGGCGGCCUCAAGAUAGCGGCCCGAAGCGAGGCACUCACCGUCGUCAUCCCCGUUCCCCACCAGAACAAAGGGCUCUACGCCUCAGGACUCCUGAACGUCCGUGUCUCCAGCGACAACCAGGUAACCAACGCCGAGGACGUCGCCGCCAAGCACCCUCUCCCUGGCUACAUCGUGCCCGUCCAAGCCUCUGCGGACGAUGCGGACCCUCUUACGGCGAACAAGGGAGUUGAAGCUCUCCAGGAAGGCAGCGGUGGUGGUGCUGGGACCGACGUGGAAACGACCAUGACCAGCAAGGCCGAGUUCAACCGUAACGCAGGGACUUUCGUUGCACCCUUGGGGGGGGGCUCCGUGGAUUCGGCGAAGACCUCCGAGGAGGACGAGGCGUUCUUCGCCACGGGGCAUGCCGACACCAGGCAGCAGCAGCAGCACCUGCACCAGCACCCGUCUGGCUGGACGAAGAGCUUCAAGAAUGUUUUCACCAAGUCGAGUGGUCGCAAGCUCCUACUCAUGGCCAAGGACUUGGAGAAGAUGUACGCCUACGUCGAGGACACGACUGCCGCCGCAUUGGUUUUCUACGCGAGCCUUCGCUUCGGUGGUAAAACGCCCGCGCUGCUGGCGUCUCUGGUGACGGGGGCGGCGGCGGCGAGCUCGGUUGUGUCCGCCAACUCGACCAGCAGCCUGUCGCCAGGGACGACAAGCGCCGACAUGAGCGACAUCGGCUCAAGUGGGACGACUUCCGUUCCUGGAGACCGCACGGACGAGGCGACAUGGACGCUGUUC